UUGGACUGGAGGAUGUGAUUUUGUUAAAGUAAUCGUAUUCAAUGACGGAAUUCUUGUCGAAAGCCCUAACCAUUCUACUGUGUUUGUUAAAAAUUUAGAAAUUAGUGGUGGUGUUAAAAUGGCGAUAAUAAAUGGAAAUAACUUAAAGACUACUAAAUAUUGGUUGAAAACGGAGAUAUCCAUCAAUGGAAAAAAUGUUCAUUAUAACGAAGGUGUUACGUACAUAAACGGAGUUGAAAUUGAGAAGACUGGAGAAAAGAUAAAAAUAAAAGGCUACCCUACAACUGAUCCAAUCCUUAACUCAUCUAACACUUAA